AUGACAAGCCACAUAGGCGACCGCACCGCCGCGGGCAGCGUUACGCCGUACUUACCUUCUUCAAUAUUUGGCGCCAGCUUUGAAGUCCUGAACACCGUCCCUAUGGACCAGUACAGGCGGCGUUAUAGCCCUGAGUUUGGCUGCGACUCACUACGAAACCGGUGCGGCGAUGGCAAAUUCGCGAUUCGAUUCAAAAGACAGGAGUGUGCAUUCCAGAAGGGGAACAUCAUCAUUUUCCGCUACUCCGAGAGGAAGUUUCUCACCAAGUAA